AACUUGUUACAUUAGCAAAAGAGGUAAAAUAUAUAAGCGUAUGACAUGUAUUAAUAUAUCCAAUAGCUUGAAGCAAAAGCAAACUUUGUGCGUCAACAACGUACUAAAAUCAGUUUUAGUCCUGUCAGUCAAGACCAAAUUGCACAGUUUAAUAAGGACAUGAAGGCCAAGUUGACUUGAUUUAAAUGUUCUCGAAUGAAUGUCUUUGAAAAGAGAAAACAUGAUCAGAUUGAACAAGAUGAUCAAGACAUUAUCAAACAGUUUUCUUCAGAUCAACGACUAGCACUCCCAGACGAACCUUGUUGUGUUGUGUGUGGAAAAUAUGGAGAAUACAUUAACGAUGAGACAGAUCAUGAUGUGUGCAGGUAUUUGUUCUACCUUCUCAAACUAUACCUUAAUACAUGUAUAGUCUUCAAUGCAAAACAGUCAACACAGAUCUCCACGACUAUGUAGCUGAAAACAUCCAUGCUAAACUAACAAACUAUCAAGAACCUUCUUCGAUUGCUACUAUGUCCUCAGAGCAAGUAAAUCAAAUGUUGCAAGCACACCAAGUACAAGUCAAAGGAAGCAAGAUACCAAAACUAGAGAAUAUUGAGUCAUUAGGAUGGUCCAUGGCUACAGGCAUACAACGGCAAGCAGUGACUAUAGGUCUCGCAGGACGAGACUUACUGGCCAUUGCACCUACACAUUCAGGUAAAACAGGCGCAUUCUUGAUACCCACCCUUGUCCAUUGUAUGUCACUAUCUGCUGUGGACAACCAUAAGCGACGUGCAGGCCCUUAUGCCAUGAUCAUGGCUCCUACACGCGAAUUAUGUUGUCAAAUUGAGACUGUCUGUAAGCGAUUAGCUACAGGCAUCCAAAGUAUGCGUACAGGAUUGUUGAUUGGCGGUGAGCCUUUACCAAACCAAUUGCAUCGAUUAAAAAAGGGAGUACAGAUUAUCAUCGGUACACCAGGGCGUGUUUUGGAGAUGGUUACGCAUCACCCAAAGCUACUACGUGUGUGGAGGAUUCGGAUGCUUGUAUUGGACGAAGCAGACGCUAUGUUUCGAAUGGGAUUUGGUGCUCAAGUGCGUCAAAUUUUGGGCAAGUUUCCUGACAAGACAGUGCGCCAGACAUCCUAUUUCUCUGCUACCAUGACUGACGAUAAAGCCAUGCAGUACCUUUUACGCAAACUGAAAUCACCUAUAGAAAUCAAAGUAAAUCAACCCAUUCAAGAUAAAAAGAUACCAGAAGCAAGUGAUCAAGUACGACAAACAGUCCUUUGGGUCGAAAACAAGAGUAAAGCAAAACGCUUGUUUUCUAUCCUCCGAAACCCCAAGUAUUUCAUGGUACCUAUCUUAAUUUUUGUUGCCAGUCGACUUGGAUCUGAAUUUUUAACAAGAGCCAUCAAGAAGAAGAGCCCUCAUCUGCGAGUUAUGUCAAUGCACGGUGAUAAGACACAAGAAGAAAGGGCAAUGGUGAUUCAAGGUAUUAAUCAGGAUAAUCCUUUAUGGGAUAUUGUUGUUUCUACGGAUGUACUUUCCCGAGGGGUCGACUUGCCGACUGUGAGACUGGUCAUCAAUUAUGACAUGGCUGCCACUCUGGAUGAUUAUGUACAUCGUAUUGGUCGUGCUGUCCUACCAAAGCCAUUGAUGCAAAACGCCAAGCAAGAGCGUAGCUGGGCAGUUACUUUUAUCAACAAAGUAUAGUGUGAACAAUUGAAGUAGAACUUUACUAACAGGAUAAUAGGAACAUCAACAUUUAUUAGAAUCUUUUGCUCGUAUGCUAUCAAACAAGUCGCUUGCAGAAGUAACUCCCUUACCGUCCCAACUGAAACGAUACUCAACCUGACCCUGUUUCAUUAUAAAAAACACUGCUCUCGAAAAAGAAAAACAAACAAUGUUACUAUAUAAGCAAACCACUUUUCUCCUUUUCUUUUUGUCUCUCUCU